AUGGCUCUUGAAACAAUGCAUAAAGACUCCUGUAUGUGUUCAAAAUCCGAACUCGAUUUAUUUUCUAUUCCACCGACUCAAGUGGUAAUGGAAAAGGGAUUUUGGGAAGAUGUUGAUCCUAUUACGAGCAUAUCUUCUUCAGAUACGAUAGAAUUUUUAUGUGCUGCAAAUAAUGGUGUUUAUACCGACUUAGCAAGCAGUUACCUAUACGUUAAAGCAAAGAUUACUACUGCGGCCGGAGGAAAUGUGGAUGCCGACAUUCCAGUUGGACCUUCAAACCUUUGGAUGCAUGAAUUAUUCUCACAAGUUGAAGUAUUUCUGAACAACAAACUGGUCACCCCAUCAAGCACAGCAUACCCUUACCGAGCGUAUAUCGAAACGAUCCUGAACUUUAGUAAAGACGCCAAAGAUUCACAUUUGACCUCAGCACUGUUCUAUAAAGAUAAAGCUGGAAAGAUGGAUGUAGUAAACCCUCUCGCAUAA